CAGCGCGCACACUGAUUAGUUUGAGGUCCACACGAUGGUGCAACCAACUACACCGCGCGUAUAUAACGACCGGUGCCAGUAGCCAGUAGCCAGUCUGUGACCCGGUCCCCCGAGCACGGCCAAAAAGACGCUCCAAGCGCGGCAGAUCGAGCACAGCCCAUCCAUUUCAUCCCCCUCCGCAAGCCCCUACUCCCCCCCCCCCCCCACCCGGGUCGCGCUUGGAAUCAGCUGCGUGCCGGUGGCGGCAGCGGUGGUGGACGGCGUGUGGUGCGUUGCGGCGCUCGAAAAUGCUGCACGGGUGCGGCCUCCUCUUGUGCGUCCGCCGCGGCACGAGUGACGCGGGCCGAACGGACUCCCGCGUCUCGGACGAACCGGGCGCCAGCGCGUCGGUUGGGAAGAGCAGCGGGGUGGCGAGGCGGUUCGCGUGGGACGAGAUCGAGUCCGUCACGGCCGGAUUCUCGUCCCGUGUGAUCGGCCAGGGCGGGUUCAGCACGGUGUACCUGGCGUGCCUCUCCUCCUCCUGCCUCGGCGCCGUCAAGGUGCAGCGUAGCAGCGAGCGCCUCCACCGCGCGUUCCGACAGGAGCUCGACGUGCUGCUCUCGCUCCGCCACCUCCACGUCGUCCGCCUGCUCGGUUACUGCGACGAACGAGAGGAAGGCGUCUUGGUGUUCGAGUACGCCCCGAACGGCGACCUCCACGAGAGGCUCCACGGCGAGAAGCGAGCGGCGCUCCCGUGGGCGCGGCGCAUGGCGAUCGCGUUCCAGGUGGCGAUGGCGCUGGAGUACCUCCACGAGAGCCGCGACCCGGCGGUCAUCCACGGCGACAUCAAGGCUUCCAACGUGCUGCUAGACGCCAACCUCGACGCGAAGCUCUGCGACUUCGGCUUCGCGCACGUCGGUUUCUCCGCCGCGGUCCAGCCGCCGGCCGCGACGACGACCAGGGCGCCGGCGCGCCCCGUCAUGGGCUCCCCGGGCUACGUCGACCCGCACUUCCUCCGUUCCGGCGUGGCCACCAAGAACAGCGACGUGUACAGCUUCGGCGUGCUGCUGCUCGAGCUCGUCACCGGGCGGGAGGCCAUCUGCGCCGACACAGGUUGCCGGCUCACUGCCGCGGUGGGGCCCACAGUCAGCGAGGGGAAGGUGACCGACGUGGUCGACCGGAGGUUAGGAGACAAGUAUGACGCCGAGGAGGCCGCGACAGUGGCGGCGCUUGCGCUGCGGUGCAUCAGUGACGGCCCAGGGCUCCGGCCGUCCAUGGCGGAGGUGGUACGCGAGCUCCAGGAGAAAACGACGGCGCUGAUCACCGCCGCCGGAUGUAAACCGGCCGGCAAGAUGCUUCCCUGAGUUUUAUGCUGUAGACUGCAAAAUGUACAUAGCCUGUUUAGGUAGGGUAGAAAGCAAAGAUUUUUUUAGUUUGUUAAUGUAGUGGGUUAGUAGUUGAAGCUUAUGGAUCACGUAGAAAAAUUUUGUGAUGUCAGGGAUGGGUGUAGAGAGUUGUAGUGACUCGUUAAUCAAAUCGUCAAGUUGAUCUUGUCCAUUUGGUUGAAGAUUCAUGUGAUUUAGUUUAUUCUACAGCAUAUGAUGUAAUCUUGUGCGUACUUUGAGACGCGUUUAAUUUGUUGAUUAGAAGUUGAUAUUGAACAAUAAGGAAUUGAAUA